ACUUCGGAAUUUUUUGUUGGUACUGCUACAUAACCUAACUUUUAUUUACUAGCCUUACUAAGCAAAAAUGAGAUACACGGCGGCGUUAUUCAAGUCUAAAGUAGCGAGACCGAUACCGCAAGAACCAGUGCCGUUUCAGGAAAUCCUCCCUUUAAAACUGAAACCUGCGGUUUCGGGAAAAGGGGAUCGGACAUCGGAGGUUUGCUGCCUGCAGGAAAUGUCCGUGAUGUUGGCCUGCUUCAAGAAAAACGAAUUUUCGCAACAGUUGUGUUCGAAGGAGAUCGACUCUUUCCAGAAAUGCUACACCGGGCAUUUGGCCACAAAAAAAGUGAAAAAAGAUAAGGAGGCCAAGGGUGUUUUGACGCCGGGAGAAAAGCAACUGUCAUCCAAACAAGUGAAUACUUUGCUAAAGAAAUUUCCUAAUUUUAAGUGAGUUGUAUAGAUAAUAGUAGGUAAAUUAAAGUUUUGUUAAGUGUUAGUUUAGUGUUUUAUUAUUACUCAUUAUGUACACAAUUUAUUGGAGGUAAUAAAAGUAUAGUUUAUUGAUGAUAGUAAACAUUUAACAUGAUCCAUUUACGCAUUUAGCGGAGUUUAUGUUGAAAUAUUGGUUUGCUGGGCAAUUUAUUAACGUUGAUGUAUAAGAAAACCAGUACCAGUAACACUGGUAAUAAGAAGUACAAGUUGGUCCUGGCCAAUUACCAUUUCUGGUACACUUUGGAGCCCGUUGAGGAACAU